CUUCUCUCGUUUUCAUUCAUAUCCUCUUCUCAAAAAUGGCACUCGCUAAAGAAAGAAACCCUAACGAUCACUCUUCACACAUGUCUGGUUUAGUCCAUCAAUCGUACACAUUUUAUGGAAGUGCCAUUGGAGAAGUCGAAGAGGGUGAAAGCCCAGAAAAGAAAGGGAAUUUUGCUGGAAGUUCAUCGAAUUCUUCUUCACUUUCUAGUCCAGGCAGCGCUUCGAAUUCGGGUGGGUUUCUAUACCGAGCUACCACAAAUCAUCAACAACAAUUACAACAAGAAGAAGGUCAUUCGGUUAUAAGCUUCAAGCCAGGAUACUACGAUAAUAGUUUCAUGCAAAGUGGUAGUGGUUCGUGUUUCCUUAGCUUUGAAGAAAAUGAAGAACAGCCCUAUUCGAGUAACUUGAGCCCUGAGCAGCUAAUGAAUUUAGGGUCUGGUUCCUUCGAUAGCUUACGCUUGCUGGAAAAUAUGAAUUGCAUUCAAAGUAGUAGCAUAAAAGAAAACCAUCAUGAGGAAUUGGAAUCAUUUACAUGGCCAAAUCCUUCUUCUUCUGAGAAUUACCAUGCAACACAAGAAUCAUCUUUCCAUAAGCGUAGUCAUUCGGGAGAGAGUGAUCAAGCAUUCAAAAAACAAUGUACCACCAACACAGCAACAAAGAAGAUUAAGCAAAAGUCAACUCAAGUUCAACCAAAGGAUCCACAAAGUAUCGCAGCCAAGAAUCGUAGAGAACGAAUUAGUGAACGGCUGAAAGUUCUUCAGGAUCUCGUGCCAAAUGGUUCCAAGGUUGAUUUGGUUACCAUGUUGGAGAAAGCCAUUAGUUAUGUAAAGUUCCUUCAGUUGCAAGUGAAGGUGUUGGCAACUGAUGAGUUCUGGCCAGUACAAGGUGGAAAACCACCUGAGCUUUCACAAGUUAAAGACGCGAUUGAUGCCAUACUUUCUUCUUCCCAAAGAGACAGAAGUUCAAGCUCUAAAUAAGCUUCCAAAGGCAAAAAUUCUAGAAACCAAGUAUUUAGAAUUCUAUUUCCCGGAGGAUCAGAAAGAGAGGGGAACAAGAAGUAUAUGCAUCCACGCAUCUAUCGAAGGAAAAAUGUUAUGAUCAUUUUAUUUUUCCUCGAUAAUAAUGUAGGGACAACCAUCUUGUUUCUAAUAACAUGCAUCUUGUGUUAUUUAAUUAUUGUCUAGAAAACUUUGUAGUGAUGGUUUUCGUUAUUAAUUGGGUAUAGGAAGUUUUAAGUUUAGGCUUAGUUAUAAUACUAUUCCAAAUCC